AUGGACCAAAUACUGAGAGGAAUCGUAAGUUCAGAUCACACUGAAAGCGUCAAGAAGUCUCUUAUUCAACAGCUGGUCUCAAAACUCAAUGGAAAUGUCCCAGAGGAUCAAAACAGAUCUAUCUUUGAAAUUGGAACUGAAUGGAUGACAGAUGAAAACUCGCAAUUUUUGAAAGAAACUGGUCGACUACUGCUCACCACGUGGGCUAAACGCCAAAAGGAUGUAUUUCAAAAGUUUUUCACAGAAAGCUUUCUCCUAUCUUUUCUUGCUGAACGCGAAAAUUUAUCAGUGAGUUUUGUGGAUUAUCUACGCACCUCCCUUGAUCUCGUUCAACACACACCACAGAUAUUUUCAAUGUACACAGUAAUUCGCCACAGGGCUCAUAUCUGGGCGGAAAAGAAUUUAAACACGGACUUUUGUGCGGCUGUGGGACGUUUGCUCAUCGAGUAUAACCACUGUUGGCCGGUUGGCGAAAAUCUAACCCAGUUUAACUUGUCACUGCUUAGAGCUUUAAGCAAAACUGAGCUGCCUAAAACUUCAAAAGAAGAAAUGACAGCAUGCAUUCAAAAUGGUGCAGUCAUUGGGGCUCUCUUAAACAAGAUGUGGACAAAGAAUCAAGCCCUGCUCUUUCCAGUUUUAACAGAGAUUUUUAAGAUUAUUUCCAAAGUAGGAGACAGUCCAUCAGUAGCACUUGCUUCUGUUGUGCAGUAUUUCUCCACUGAUACAAUAGACUCUGCAACAAACCUUGCAGCUUCAAACCCUUUACUUAGUGAUGAGAGCCUAGCUCAUUCCCUUACGCGAAUGAUCAAAUGGUUGUCAUGGCCUGGUGCAAAGAAGGUUGAUCAAUGGAUUAUUGGGUUCUUAAAGGCUUUGGCAAGCAAUGGGAAACAUUCCAUUCUCAUUUCUGUUACACUUAAGGAAGUGUCCCAGGUAAGAUGCCUGUCCUGAGCAAGAUUUCACUGCUUUUUUUAAACCUAUAAUUUGUGAGAGGGGUGGAAGCCAGCUUUAUACCCAGAAUUUUAUCAAUACAAUCACUUUGGGUUUCCUCACUGUUCAACCCUGUUAAGCCUUAACCCUCAAGCUCCCAGAAGUGAUUAAUAUGUAACUUUUCCCUAUAAUACUGUAUAAUAUCUAAUUUACAAGAAAAUGUGUAGCAGCUAGAGGGGAGAAUUAAUAAUCAGAUCUUGGGAGGUAAAGGACAGAGGGACAGUGGUGGUCAUAUUAACAGGGUUCUAAUUUAAUGUCAAAGACAGUAGUUUAUGAGUUGUCAUUCUAUUUCAUCCAUGGUUUUGGUUCAGCUCAAUUCUGUUUCAAUCUCAGUUUCAUAUUUGUUUUCAGUAACAUUACUGUUUUGUUUUUUCUUCGUCUGCCCCACUCUUUAUCCCAAAAGUUGCUUUGGCUGAUCUAGGUAUAUCAACUGAAAAUUUUGAGGAUUUUACGACACACAUAGUCAACAAAAAUUGGGUUCUGUUGGGCACCAAAAUCUGCUUGCAUAAUUCACCUCAUUUAUUUAUUUUGAGAGCUGACCAGCUUUCCAUGGACUCAUUUUUGGCACUCUGUAACAUGACUCUUGUUAAUAGUGAUAUUCUUUUAUUUUGUUUUUCUGCAGGUUUUCAGUCGUUUGUUGUUCCCCAUUGUUCGUGGAAGUACUAUGGUGGUCCUCUCUCAUAUGUUGUUGAGCUUUCAACACUCUCCUCAAGCAUUUCAUGAGGUAAAGAUUUCUGUUUCUGGGUUGGUAUGACAGGAAAAAGUAAAGACAAAGCUUUGUGUCAAAUUUCCUCAUAUGACAUUAGUUUAGUCACUGGAUUUUAUGCUCUUCAGUUAGAUUAUUCUCUUAUUAAGUAAUUCCAUGGGAGACAAAUUUGCUUAAUGAUUACAUUGCUGGGUUACUAAUUGAGAGGUCUGGGUUUGAGUUGUGGCCAGAGUCAGCAUUUUGUCGCUGGGAAAGACGCUUAGCUCUCACAUUGAUUCUCUCUACCCAGGCCAGUAUGGAAACUGUCAGGGAAACUGUGACUAAAUGCCAUAGUAGCCUGUGGACCAGUGUCCAAAAAAAGACCAGUAAUCCUGGUUAUAUAAAGAAGCUUUUGCAGAUAAUUGAGUUAGCCUUGUAUAUAGACUUAUGUGCCUGUCUCCAUUCCCUUUUUUCAAGUUGAACAAGUGACUAUUCUACUGAGUGUUUUAGUGUCAGGAUGUAUACCAAAUGAUCAAUGUUUCUCUUAACAUAUCAUAGUGUUUCUAGCUUAGGGGAAUAACUCUGUCAUUGUCUGGACCCGUCUGCUGAAAUAUGUGGCUUUUUUUCAUUUUAUAACAAAGAAUCCAAGAGCAAAGUGUCUAUUCUCUACAAAGUUAAUCUGAAAAAGUCAAACAAUUGCUUGUUUUUUGUUUUGUUUUGUGGUUUUUUUUUUUCAGAUUGUUGUUUUAGUACCCAGCCUUGUGCAGACUCUAAAGAAGGAAAACAGUGGUUCCUCUCAAACUAAUUUACAAACACUUGCUGAACUUAUGCACUGUCUAAUGUACCAACAUACAGGGUUUCCUGAACUGUAUGGACCAGUUGUUGACUGUCUACAGGUAUUGUUUUGGAAAUCUAACAAGCUGGUGGGAGAUGUACUAAUAUUAGCUAAGUACACUAAAAGUUUAUAAAAGGGAUUGAUAAACACUCUUUUAGAAAGACAGAAAGAAAAUAACAACUUCAGCACACCAUCUUAGUUUCUUUAUUUAUUAAAACAAUUUACUGAUUUCCUUUUUAGAAAAACACUAAAUAAUAUUGUGUAUAUAUAUAUAUAUAUAUAGAGAGAGAGAGAGAUGUAUAACCUAUAGUUAUUUUUUAAUUUCAUUUUGCAGUAUGUAAUAUUUCAAGUACAGAUCAUUGUUCAUUUUUAUAUUUUAAGUUCUAUCUUAGAGAGGGCCACAAGUUCAUCAGUUUCAAUACUUUCACAUGCUCCCCUCUUAAGAUAAAGUCUAUUGAUUGAUUAGUUUUAGUUUGCUGGAUUCCAUGUGGAGAUGUACAGUUUGGAGCCCUUACAAGGGUCACAGUGCCCUGUCUUCUCCAGUAGUAGCUGAGAGCUGUUUGGAAUGCUUGAUAAAAUGCAGAGUGGGGGAGGUGUAACCAACAAUGAAAUGAUAAAAUUCAGGGGGGAGGAAUAACCAGCAACGGAUUAGUAUCCCAUCUGAGUAGCAAGAAACCAAGUGUUCCAUUUCACAGAAACUAGAUUUAACUUUGCAGCUACUUGUAUGGAAAUCAGUGUAAUUUGUGGUCAGAGUAACUAAUAAUGUUCCAAUAAGCUGUACCCUUUUGUACUUUUGAUUGUUACUUCUCUCUGAAUUUAUCGCUCUUGUAUUCUCAUCCUUUUUUUUAUGUAUACUAUCUAUGCAUGACCUUCUUUUUACCAGGAUUUACCUAAACCUUCAGAGGUGAUGAUCAAGAAGUGGCUAGCUCAAAGUGCUUGGUCUGCACAAGCUGUCAAUAUUCCACUUCCUGGCUUUGCACCAAAAUCAGAAACGGGAAAAACUGGCUUAGCUAACCUAGGCAACACUUGUUACAUGAACAGUGUGUUACAGGCACUCUACAUGCUUGACGAGUAAGUUGUCAAUAUCAUGAUCACUUGUAUGUUUGUAUGUAUGUACAGUUAAUUGACCAAUCCCCCAACAGGUCUUAACAAGGCCAUAACAAACACGUUAAAACUUUGUAAUAAAUGUAGUGUUUAAAAACCCCAACUGGUGGGAUACAGACCAGCUGGCUGUAUACAAAGCGUAGCCAAGAAACUGCACUCAGGACAACUGAGUAAAAAUCCAGUGAGUAGGAGGGCAGAGGGCUUGAACCUCAGGUGUUGUUAUGCCAAUAAUGACAAUCGUCAGAACAAUUUUGGGAAGUGGCUCAACAAAGGUGAAAUUCAUUGCUGAGAUACAGUGUAUGCCAAAUGCUCUCAAUUUUGUGAGAAAGAUUCUGUAGAGGCUUUGAGAGGAGCUGAAAAAUGUGAAUUGAAUUUAAGGAUUUUAUUUUGCCAAAACGUGAACCGUACUGCUCUAUAUGUAAUUCAAAGGUUUCGAAUGACUGUACUUAGUUUCAAAAUUAGGGAGUUGUGAUUAUUUUUUAAAUUUAAUUCCUAAGCAUAUCACCCUUGAAAGUUUGAUGCUCGUUAGUAGUUGAUCAAAGAGAUGAGGUAAAACGGAUCUGUAUUUGCAGGUUCCGUUUCAUGAUAUUCGGCCAUCACAGCGAUCAUAAUCAACCUGUCUUGCAUCACCUGCAACAAGUGUUUGCCUUCCUCUCUCUAACACAGGUAAAAUCUCCUGCAACAUGUGCUUGUAGUAAAAUACUAGAAUUUAGUUGGAGGAUUAUCCUUUGUAAGAGUUUGAAUAUGGAAGCGAUCUUCGCAGUAAUGAACGCUACUUAAGCAGUAGUGAAAAUAAGGCCUGAAAAAAGACUGGAAAAAUUGCUUCUUUUUUAGUGUUCAUUACUGCGAAGAUCGUUUCCAUAUUCAUUUCUUUAUCCGCGGUUCACAUAUAUGAUUUUCAUAUAUUUAGAGUCAUUAGUUUUAUUUUUGGUGUUGUUUUUUUAUUGUUUCUUUCUUUCUCGCGAGGAUUGAAGGCCCACAGGAGAACUGGAAAAUCAACCAAAUCGAGUCAAGAAACUCAAAACCAACUCAAAGCGAGCCAAGAUAAUAACGUGCUAGACUCUGGUUGGAGAGUUCUGGAUUGGCUCCAUCCCGGUCCCGAUUAUUUUAAUGAAUUUGGACAGAAUAUUAACUUGACGCAAUCCUUGUUCUUGUUUUGUUUUGUUUUGUUUUAUUUUUAUUUUUAUUUUUACAGAGAUCUGCCUUUGCCCCGUCGAAGUUCCUUCAUGUAGCGAGACCUCCGUGGUUUGCACCGGGGACCCAGCAAGACUGCUCAGAAUUCCUCAAGUUUCUUCUUGACAGACUUAGCGAGGAGGAAAAAUCACAAAACAACAGCAACGACGAAGGGUCGCCAAGGACCUCGCUCGUAGAAGAGACCUUUACUGGAAAGCUGACGGUGUGUCUGUGCUGUAGGAGGUGUAAUAACACUUCUUGCAGAGAGGAAGUGUUCACAGACCUACCACUGGCUUUUCCACAGGCUGGUGAGUUAGAGAGAAGGAUGUUCUCCGAGCAGCUCGAUGGACUGACGUCAGAUGAUAAACAACCGAUCGAACAUGACGAAAAACCUGUGAAUUCAACUGUGAGCUCCGACAGAAGUCUGAAAGGUGGUGAUAUUACUCACAAUGUGUCUGCCACCGGCUUAGCGCAAAAGUCAGUUGAAGAUAGCGACGCUGUGGCUCCAAGUUCAUCACACAGUUCGACCUCAGCAGAGAGCUCAAUGCCUUUUUCGGCUGGUUCGAGUGUUUCGUCGAAAUUUCGCGAGCCUGGCGUUCGAGCUGAUGCUCCACACAUAUCACUAACAGAGAUGUUGAAGUACUUUUUUGAACCUGAAAUUCUUGAAGGAUCUAAUCAAUACCAUUGCGAGCAUUGUCACAGUUUACAGGAUGCUGAACGUACCGUUAGCAUUUCCAAGGCCUCAGAAUUCCUCGUGUUGACUCUGAAGAGGUUCGCUUACAAUGUGAAGACCCAACAAAGGUCGAAGAUACUACAAAGUGUGUCUUAUCCUACAGUUUUAAGAUUACCACGAAUUCACCUCAAAGGAGGUGAUGAUAAGAUAGAAAGAGAGGCGAGAAACAGCGUCCCGGAUGUUAAUGACAGUAAGAACGAUGAAAUCGUCAGCCACUCUUGUUUCAAGUCUAAAAGGACAAAGCAAGAACAUGACAAUGUCGUUGACAGCUCUAGCAGCGAUAAUUCGUUGUCUUUAAGCGAGGAAACAUUCACAGCAGAUAUUGUUUACGCGCUGUGCUCGGUUAUCGUUCACUCCGGGACGUCAUCGGAGAGUGGACAUUAUUACUGCUAUGCACGAUCUAGCGUGCAUUUGAUCGGAGGAGAAAGCGACAAGAGUUCAAGUUCUAGAACCGAUGAUCAAGACACGUGGUAUCUGUUUAAUGACAGUCGCGUGUCUUACUCGGCGUUCAGUUCGUUUGCUGAUGUAUCGAAGCGUUUCCCUAAGGAUACUCCGUAUGUGUUGAUCUAUAAACGAGUCAGCUCUUUUCGUGCUGCAGUCAUUCCCGUAGAAAACAGUGGUGAUUCUGCGCAAGAUAAUUUGGUUGACGGUGAGAUCAGACAGGAGCUGGCAGACAUGGUCAAUCGCGAUAACCUCUUAUACUUGCAGGUGAGUCAAUCUAACUUGUUUGACUUCAACCUUUAUUUGCGUGCAGAUCAGGCGCAAUUUUUAACGAUUUGAAGGCAAGCAGGCGCAAGCACGAGGAAGGCGCUUGAGGCUAUUCACACGUGCACGCAUCUGCCCCUGGCCUCGUUUGUGAAUCGUGCCUCUCGGUCUGGAGUACAGUGCGCUCUGUAUUGAGGCUAGUUUUUUUUUACCAAAGUUGGAGUCGUAGGCAAGAUCGAGACAUGCGAGGGGCGAUUCACACACGUGCGCGUUGGCUCUUGCCCUGGUUCGUGAAUUAAGGCUGGUUUUAUUAACGUCAGUCUCAGAGUCGUUGUCAGAAGCGUAGAGCGAUACGAUCCGGUGCAAAUCAAACCAGCUGAUUUAGAAGCAGAGUACCGAUACUGCUUGUGACUCCUAAAUUGAAGGAGUCAAAAGCCAUCGGUUUGCCUGACAACUCGCAUCGUGAUUGUUUGGAUCUUUUGCUUUUACUUGCGACUUCGACAAUCUCGUCUUCACUGGAUCAUAUGCGACUGGGUCUUAAGCGGAAUUGGAAUGAAAUAGAACCGUACUGAUUCUUCCGACUCCAAUACCUUCAAACUUAUAUUGUUCUGUUUACAACUCCGGUUUCGAUUUUCUCGAGGCCGGAUAUGUUCCUGCGUUAUCUAACUUCUUCAACUCCGUGGCUAAUGAAAACCAGUCUCAAGCCACCGUGUCUUCCAAACAAUGCCUAGAAACAGUGCAAACAAAUUUUCGAGUCAGCGAUGAACAAACUCGUCAUAAGGAUUUUGUAUCUUUUUUUUCUUUUUUUACAGGAGCGAGAGCGUCAAGCCAUGAACUCUGCUAAGCGAAAAGCUUGGUCAAACUUCCAUCAGCCCCCUGACGACGACGAUGAUGACCCUAGCAAGGGUCCCCCAGGGAGCUGUGGAGGCGGGCCAGGAUUUACAACCCCCUUCAAUCGUUUCGUCUUCUAGUUAAGCGGGAUUGUGACAUGUCUUAUUGUGGUUGGUUGAACCACUUUUCAACGUUCUUUUUGGUGGAUACUUUCACAGUGUUGUAAAGGGGCUGUCUGUCUUGCUCAAAAUGCAAACUGACCCUCAUCCUGGACUGUUUCACAAAAUUUGUCUGUGAAUUUAAGGAUAUUUUCACAGGAAUGCUAAGAGCGGAACGGAGUCUUUUUAUUCUGUUCAUAUGGAAAAUUUCAGCGAGAAGAGAUUUCAACCCUAACAGGGUGCAACAUCCCAAGUUUCAUCUUUGUGAACGGGAAACGGUGUCUAUUCGAGAAACUAUAAGCCUGGGUGAUAAGGUUUGUCUGGAGAGACCAUUGACAAGGCAUGCUUCAAAUCUUGUUGUUGCUUUCACCGUCGUCGUUGUUGAUAUUAAUUUUGUUCAAACAUUUUCAACGUCUUGAGCUCACUCGAUUUACAAUAACCAAAAGUGUGAUUUUCUAAAUUCUGGUGAAAAAGAAACUCAGAGUUCCUUUAAUCGACGGAAUUCAAUGGUUCAACAUCUUUCUCAGUCGCUCCAGAGAAAUUUUUAUUCAAAGGGGGUUGGGGGACAUGCAACGUUAAAUGACGAGCAAUUUAGAUCGUGUAAAUAUAAUGUAUAAUAACCAAGAAGUAACUGUGGCUUCCAAAUGUCACCUUGAAACUUUCAUUUGAUUUUUAUUUUUACUUUUUUUGAUAAAGAGUACUACACGUUUGUGGGAAGAUAUUGGGUUUUGCAUGUAUAUAUAUCAUGGGACAGCUUUUAUCUUAUUCCUAUUUCUGCAACAUUCACCCGACGACCUGAUAAACACAAACACGUGUCCCUAUUUUCAAAACAUUUUGAUUCUCUUUUCUCCUUUGGGAUCGAUAGUUUGUCAUCAAUCGAGAGAGGAAAUACAAAAAAAAACAUAUGGUCUUUACAACUUAUAUGUGAAAUGCGUUAGCCUUUGAAGCCUUCAGCGAAACGCAUCAAAUUGCCGCUAAAAUUAAGGAUUGUUAUUUCGAUUU